UUGGCGGUGUUUGAAUUGAGGUCAUCGCUCGCGCUGGAGAUUCAGGGCAACAGUGUGAAGAAAGACUGAACCUACAAUAUACGAGUGCAGUGUGUCAGAGUGCAGAGCUCAGUGACAGCAACGUGAAGAAGUUCGCUAAAACGGUUACCCAGGCCUACUUUAAUUCCAUUGGGUCAUAAUACCAUUGAGACAAUGGGGUAAUAUUUUUAAUCACAGCACAAAUGCAGAAGCCUGUCUCCAUGUCUGAAGACCCGAUCUCAAAAAAGUAUCUAUUUUCCUCUCUGGAGAGCCAGGACCAGGCCUCUGGCUGCAGUUCGAUGGCAACGCUUCAUCGAAUUGGCAGUUUUGCAGAGACAGGAGAGCUUGGACUGGCCUCAGAGGGCAGUGACAGCAGCAGUCAGGACCCUUCUGCCUCACCCCAUAGUGACGAUAAGAUGCCACACUCCAUGCAUGAGGAUGUGGAGAUGAAGAGCAGUGGUUCCAGUGGAAGUGGCACAGAAUCUCAAGGAAAUGAGUCACAUGGCAACGAGUCACGCGGAAACUCAUCAAACGGGAAUGAAUCAACCGGAAGUUCCAAUGGGAAUAGCAAGGAUUCAGCUCUUUUGGAAUCAUCAGGGAGCAACAAGAGCUCCAACUCUCACAGUCCUUCACCUCCCAGCAGCUCCAAUGCCUUCAGUCUUCUGAGUGCAAGUUCUGAACAGGACAACCCUUCCACUAGUGGAUGCAGUAGUGAAGAGUCUGCCAAGGCAAAAACACAGAAGGAGCUGAUAAAAACUCUCAAAGAGCUGAAGCUUCAUUUGCCAGCAGAUAAAAGGAACAAGGGCAGCAAGUCCACCACUCUGAACACCCUUAAGUAUGCUCUUCGCUGUGUCAAACAGGUUGAAGCUAAUGAAGAGUACUACCAGUUGCUUAUGAUCAAUGACAGCCAGCCAUCUGGCCUGGAUGUAUCCUCAUAUACGAUAGAAGAGAUUGACAGCAUCACGUCAGAAUACACACUGAAAAAUACAGACAUCUUUGCAGUUGCAGUAUCUCUGAUCACAGGCAGGAUUGUAUACAUCUCAGACCAGGCAGCAUCCAUUCUCAACUGUAAGCGACACGUGUUCAAGAAUGCCAAGUUUGUGGAGUUUUUAACACCACAGGACGUCAGCGUGUUCUACAGCUUCACCACACCAUACAGGCUGCCAUCUUGGAGCAUGUGUACAGGAGCUGAAUCUUCACCUUCUGACUGCAUGCAGGAAAAGUCAUUCUUCUGCCGCAUCAGUGGAGGUAAAGAGAGUGAAGGAGACCUGCAGUAUUACCCAUUCCGUAUGACUCCUUACCUAAUGAAGGUGCAGGAUACAGCGCACACUGAAGACCAGUUCUGCUGCCUUCUGCUGGCUGAAAGAGUGCAUUCUGGCUAUGAAGCUCCAAGGAUCCCCACGGAUAAACGCAUCUUCACCACUACACACACACCAAGCUGUCUGUUUCAGGAUGUCGAUGAAAGAGCUGUCCCAUUACUUGGAUAUCUACCACAAGACCUGAUUGGGACAUCAGUACUUCUACACCUGCACCCGAAUGAUAGGCCACUGAUGCUCAGCAUUCACAGGAAGAUCUUGCAGUACGCUGGUCAGCCAUUUGACCACUCCUCCAUCCGGUUUUGUGCUCGAAAUGGAGAGUACAUCACCAUAGACACCAGCUGGUCCAGCUUCGUCAACCCCUGGAGCCGCAAAGUGUCCUUUGUCAUCGCACGACACAAAGUCCGCAUGGGUCCAGUAAAUGAGGAUGUGUUUGCUGCUCCAGUCACAGCUGAGGGGAAGGCAAUGGACUCAGAUAUCCUGGAUAUCACCGAACAGAUUCACCGGCUCCUGGUUCAGCCAGUACAUAAUAAUGGCUCAAGCAGCUAUGGAAACCUGUGCAGUACCGAUCAUUUGGUGAGUGUGGCCUCAUCCACUGACAGCAAUGGUAAUGGAGCCCAUCCACGUGCGGACGAUGAAGAGGGUCGAGCCAAACCUAGAACAUUUCAUGAGAUCUGUAAAGGCGUUCAUAUGCAGAAGAAUCAGGGACAGCAAUUUAAAAAGAGUCCAUGCACAGAACUGCCCCAGAAGAGUCCGGUAGUUCGGCUCAAAGACUCAGCAUACCCAGUAAACUGGAGAGAGGGUGAGGAGGAGCAGCAGGCCACCUUACAGGAAGAACUCGCAUUAAAAGACCAGACUGUCUACUCAUACCAGCAGAUCAGCUGCCUAGACAGUGUAAUUAGAUAUUUAGAGAGCUGCAAUGUGCCUAUUACAGUGAAACGAAAAUGCCAGUCUUCUUCCAACACCACUUCCUCUAACUCAGACGAGGACAAACAGAAGGCAGCUGAAAGCUCUCUGCAGGUGGCUGAAGAACCUGGACACUUGAAGUCCCAAGCUGGUCUUUCACCUUUGAAUGUGUCAAAGAAGUCAAGCAGCUCAGGCGUGGUGGGCACUUCGCUUACUCCCCUGGCACUGCCAAGCAAAGCUGAAAGUGUGGUGUCCAUAACCAGCCAGUGCAGCUACAGUAGCACCAUCGUACAUGUCGGGGACAAAAAAAAUCAGCCAGAGUCAGAAAUCAUUGAGGAUGGCCCCAGUGCUGGAGACACAGCAGAAGGCCCCAAUCCAGCCAUUCCUUCUGCCACAGUUUCACCUCCCAGCCAGGAAAGAGAAGCGUAUAAGAAACUAGGCCUGACCAAGCAUGUGCUGGCAGCACAUACACAGAAGGAAGAGCAAGUCUUUCUGAACCGCUUCAAGGAGCUAAGGGGUGUUCACACAUUCAAAACAGACAACCUGGAGAAGCAGAAAGGACAGGCCACAUCCAAUGCAGGACCUUCCCGUGUUUGUAAGCAGGGGGGAAGAACAGAACCUGCCACUGGCCGUGGAGGGCGCAACAGAAAAUCCAAAACCAAGCGCAUCAAACAGAACGAAUCAUCCGACAGUACCAUUUCACACAGGAGGCAGCUGUUCAGACAAGAGCUGCAAGGACUGAACCAGACUUCAUGGUCUCCUUCAGACACCUCACAGUCUGCUUUUCCCACCGCAUACCCAGCUGUUGUGCCUUCAUACCCCCAUCAGGUGUACCCAGGAACCAAUUCCAUUCCACCCAGGGUUGAUGCCCCUCUUUCAGGAUUUGGAAACAGCCAGUGUACUCAGAAUCCACGGUUUCCCAUGCAACCCAUGCAGCCUCAAUUCCCUGCACCACUUGUCACACCCAUGGUGGCACUUCUGCUGCCAAACUAUAUGUUCCCACAACUGGGAAGUGCCCCUCGGCAGCCCUUCUACCCUGAGCAGGCUUUGUUCCCACCCACUCAGGUUCCAUUCCAACCACAGACAACGUUUCCUCUACAGACUCCGUUUGCCCCACAAAACCCAUUUCCAGCUCAGCCAUUCCCUUUCACACCACUGGACAAGCAACCCAAGCCUGCAGAACCAGAAACAAGGGAGGAACCUUCACGAAGUUCCACCCCUGAGUCACUCGGUGGUCGGGAGCAAUCAUCUCCACCCUUGUUCCAGUCACGGUGCAGUUCACCUCUGCAACUCAACCUUUUACAGCUGGAGGAAAGCCAGCGUGUCAAUGAAAGACAGGAAGCCACAUCCACCUCUGCUGGUACUCAGGGGAGCACUGCAGUGGAGAAAGGAGCAAACAUUACCACACAGACCAAGACAGACAAAGAUCCAGAACUUGCAGAUGACCUACACCACUGUGAUGUUUUCUCUUCAUCCAGUGAUCUGUUGGAUAUCCUCAUGCUGGAGGACUCUCGCUCUGGAACAGGGUCAGCCACAUCCGGUUCAAUGGGUUCUACUUUCAAUGGCUGUGGCACAUCAGCUUGUGGAAGUGGUGGAUCUGCAAGUGGAACUGGGAGCAGUCACACCAGCAAUAACAGCAGUAACUACUUUGGUAGUGUGGACUCGUCACAGAAGUCCCAUAAGGCCAAGAGACCAGGAGGUGGCGUUUCAGGAUCGUUGGAGAUAGAGGACAGUGAGAGUUUGAUCAAAUAUGUCCUGCAGGAUCCUCUGUGGCUUCUUGCUGCCAAUGUGGACAAGGCUGCAAUGAUGACAUACCAGUUGCCCUCUCGUGAUAUCCAGCAAGUGUUGCAGGAUGACCGGGAGAAACUGAGGCAGAUGCAGAAGAGUCAGCCACGGUUUUCUGAGGAGCAGAAGAGAGAGCUGGCUGAGGUUCAUCCCUGGGUGAGAGGAGGCGGUCUACCCAAAGCCAUUAACAUUGAGGCGUGUAUUGGCUGUAAAGGAGUCACAGAGACGCCGGUUGAGGAGGAGCUCCCAGACCUGCACAUGGGAGAAUCUGAAGUCAGUGAUGUCACAGCCCCCGCACAUGACCAGACGUAAUGAAGAGCUUGUACACACACACACACACACACAGUGCUGAUCUGAACAGGAAGCUUGUGUUAUUUUUUUUAUUCCUUUCAGAUUUCAUAUAUGUUUAUAUGUUUAGAUGUAAGGAACUUUUGAUUUUGAAGUUAUGAGUUCAUCACUUUUGAGUUCUCUGAGGGGUGUGUGCUUGCAUGCGUGUGCUUGUGCGUGCGUGCGUGUGUGUGUGUGUGUGAAAUUCUUAGACUCCAAGUUGUUAUAAGACAAUGUCCUUGUGACUGAAACGUAUUUGUUGAAAUGUGUUUAUAUUUAUCUGUAUUUCUUAAAUUUAUAUUUAUUUAAAUCUUAAAAACUACAUAUUCAUAGUCAUAUUUUGUGUUAUAUUCAUUAAACCUACAAAUGUCCAUGAAUACCUCAACAACUUGUAUUUGUAAAGACGGUCAAGAAGCAUUUCUGCUGGAAAAGGAAAAAAAUCUUUUUCACUUCAGCGAUUAUUAGUAAACGUGUAUCUUAUCAGCUACGACACUAAUCGGGAAAAUCAGAGGAGAAAACACAACUUGGCAGCUAAAUACUGAAGCUUAAGCUUUAUGCUUCAUUAAACCCUAAACACAAGAAUCUCAAUGAAAAUAGUUUAGUAUAUUUUUCUAUGUUACUGUAUACGACUGUCCGUUGAAGAAGAUUAUAGAGGAACCUGUUUUCAGACAGUUGUGGUACUGAUCAAAAAAGGUUUCAUUUUUUUCCCCCAGGAAAGAAACUAUAUAUAUGAAAUCAAAUCAAAAUCUAGCUGAAACUUUUAGACAUUGGAAUAGAUAGAUAGAUAGAUAGAUAGAUAGAUAGAUAGAUAGAUAGAUAGAUAGAUAGAUAGAUAGAUAGAUAGAUAGAUAGAUAGAUAGAUAGAUAGAUAGA